CAGAGGCAGGUCGGGAUGGUCCAGAAAAUACUCAAUAAGUUCGUCGGUGCCAAGUACGUGGCCAUUCUGAGGACGUGGGUCCCGAACAUGGUAGCUUGGGGAACGGUCGGAGGCGUGGCACUCGUUCACUUCACAGACUGGCGGUUAAUUCUAGACUAUGUGCCAUACAUUAAAGGAAAAUUCAAGAAGGAUGAGUAAAGUCAACACGAAAAUGACCAGAGCUUGGGGAUGGGUGGAUUGCUUACACAGCGCGGGCUUAAGUGGGAUGCCCUGUCUCAACAAUCAGUCUCUGAGGGCUUGUUAGGAGUUCGGACUUCGGGAUGCACACUGUAUGAAUGCUGUUUUUGGUCCAGUGUUAUUAAAUGUUAAUAAAUCUUGAAUUUACCCCAAUGUGUCCAGUUAUUCUGUAAAUCCCCAAAUAUUGUAUUUUUCUGCUUAAAACUGCAUGAUGAGAGGCUUUUCUUUUGAUGUAUUCUGGUCAGUCACAUGCACAUCCAGUAUAUUUGCCAUAAAAUUUCGAUCAUACUUAAUUCACCUUUGGCAUGGGGGGAACCUGCAACAGUGUGGCUUUCAGGGUCACAUUUUUCAAUAUUUGUACUGGAAAAAAUAGUGUGAAAUAAACUGUAUAAUAAAGAGAAUGCAUAUGCA